AUGGCAAGAGCACGGCAGCGAGGUCUGGCUGGUUUCUUGCUCGUCUCGCUAUUGUUUGUGAUCCAGCUGGUCUGUUUGCGCUCGCAUGAGGCACUUCGUCCGAGUACUCGUCAAUUAUCGAGACUAGAUGUGCAGUCCCCUCACCACUCGGAGCUCCACAAGUCACACGACACCGCAUCAUCGCGCUUGCUCUUCAAGCGAGACAGCCUGUCAUUCGACGAGCAGAAGCACACGAUACAUGAGCCCGCAGAGGACAGUCCAUCGUGGAUUGACUAUCUGGCGGUCUACGAUCGGAUCACCGACAAGACGGCAAAAGGAUUCGCAUUCAUCGGUCUCAUCGUCUGGCUUGUCUUUCUGUUCGCAUUCGUCGGCAUCGUCGCUGCAGACUUCUUCUGUCCCAACCUGAGCACCAUAUCAGCUCACUUGGGCUUGUCAGAAUCUGUCGCAGGCUGCUCACUUCUCGCUUUCGGCAAUGGCUCGCCGGAUGUGUUCUCGACUUAUUCGGCUCUGAACCAUGGCUCGGGCUCCCUUGCCAUCGGCGAACUGAUCGGAGCAGCUUCCUUCAUCGUUUCCGUCGUCGCGGGAUCGAUGGCAAUCGUCAAGCCGUUCAAAGUAGCCCGGCAUAGCUUCCUCCGUGACGUCGGAUUCUUCACAAUGGCCAUCAUCUUCACCAUGUUCAUAUUAGCAGACGGCCAGCUCAAACCUUUCGAAGCAGCACUCAUGAUCGUUCUCUACGUCAUCUACGUCAUCACUGUCGCUGUCGGAUCUUGGUGGCUGACCAGACGCGCUCGUCAGCGCGAACUCUUGCGCAAAGUCAGAGACGAAUACGCUCAAGAGACCCUGCCAGAUCUCUCGCAAUCGAAUGGUGACGUUGCCGAGGCACCGCCCCAUACCUCUCCCGCAGGUAUGAACAACUCGACAAGAUCGACAAGCUCUUCUCCCGCGCACCCUUAUGAUAUCCUCGACCUGGAUGACGAGGAUGCUCUGCUAUCUAUCACAGACAGAGGCACGCCCGUCACGCUCAGUCGAAAUCGAUCUAUCAAUCGACCGAGAUCAGCUUCGACGGCCACCGUACCUUAUCAUCCUUCCCAUGGAUCAGCGCGAAGGACGAGAACCAAGAUGGCAGUCCGAUCCAGUCUGCUCAGUGCAAUUGAGUUUAGGGACGUUGUCAACAGUCUCCAAGCAGACUCGACAGCUCGCACGCUCGCAGUCUUUGGGCAGGCUGGCCUGCCCGAUACGCCUCACUUUCACGGUGUGCAGACAGGUCCCGCGCGAAUAGGUCACGGCCGCUCGCGAUCGCAUGCCGGACUGGAUACAGAGCGUCAGGCAUCGCGACAACGGCAUGCUAGACACCUGUCAGAUCUCAACUCGCCCAGGUCGGCAGUAUCCCCACUGCCCACCAGCGCAAUGUCUUCUGAGGAAGCUGGCGAUCCCUUUGCCGAAGUAUUCGGGCAAGUGACUGCAGGCCGACUCACACCACGCGAUCUCAUGGCGAAAAAGACGUCUCAAUCGUCCCGUCGGUCCGAAGAAACAGUGGGUACUCCGCCGCUGAUAGAGGUCGAUGACCCCUGGAGGAGUACGACGCCCGAAAGGCCUAGCAAACUCCGUCUGCAGAUUCCUACAGGCUCUGCUAUCGUGACGGAGUCGCCCGUCCAAGAGCUUCCGUCCAUCCUCGUCACCACAGAUCAAGGCAAGCCGCUGCGAGUUGGCUCACAGAGCAGCCUGAAGCGAUACGCUACCUUUGAGCAUUACGGCGGCAGGGCCAAAGUAAAGAAGAUCUUCCGCACAAUUAUUGCUAGCUACUUUCCCAGCUUGCAAGAUAUCAAGUCAAAAUCGAUCGUCGGCACUGUCGUUGCGAUCGUCUGCGCGCCUGCUCUGCUUGUGCUCAACUUGACCUUGCCGGUUGUAGACGAAGAGGACGACGAAUGCUGCGAGGUUCUGCCUGAGCCAGAUCUGUUGCCCGACGAUGCAGAGGCGCCCGAGCUACGGGUAGAGACCCCGACGACGGCGAGUCAGACGGAAGAGAGCGAUCCCGAAGAAGCGCUCGUUAGAUCACAGCAAGCAGUGUGGCGAAGGCGCGAUCAAGAUAUUGCACAUGUGCUACAUGCUCAAGCUGUACAUCAUCAUAGUCCUGCGCUGCAUCCGAUGCACAGGGCAGACGACUCGGCAUACAUCGAAGGCAAUUCGCUCAUCGAUCACGCUAUAUUAAGCAAGGGGGAAGAGCAGCAACAGCAGAGCGAGUCUGAUCUGCAAGUUGAUGGUCUGACGCACUUCCAGCUCUGGCGAGCAAUGACGACCUUACAAUGCUUCUUUGCGCCCAUCUUCGUUGUCGUCGCUCUCCUUGGCGAUGAUCUCAGGAUCUGGUACUUGCCUACUGCCAUCGGUGUCGGCUUACUGCUUGCAAUCGGUGCAUACAAGCUGUUCAACAGAGAGCGACACCCUCUCCGGCUUGGCCUUUGCUUCGUGGGAUUCAUCGUUGCGAUGGUCUGGAUCUUGACCAUCGUCAAUGAAGUCGUCGGUGUCCUACGAGCCAUCGGACACAUCUUUGGGCUCUCGGACGCAAUACUCGGGCUGACAAUCUUUGCGAUGGGCGCCUCACUCGGCGAUCUCGUCACCAACGUCACUGUCGCUCGCAUGGGCUUCCCGCUCAUGGCCAUGUCUGCCUGCACGGCCGGUCCUAUGCUUAACAUCCUCCUCGGUGUAGGCAUCUCUGGCUCGAUCAUCAUGGCACAGACAGGCGAAAAUUAUACCUUUGAGAUUUCACCCACACUCAUCGUAUCGGGCGUCGGCUUACUGGUCGUUCUCGUCUCGACCCUCAUCGUCGUGCCGCUCAAUGGGUUCUGGAUGACGAGAAGAUGGGGCGGAUUUCUCAUUGCGGCAUAUCUCGUCACGCUCACUGUGAACGUCACUGUAGAGGUCCUCGAAACAAAAGGAAAAUUGUAG